GGAAACGGAAAUACCUGCCUAGCAUACAGCGUUAGCCAGUCUGCUAACUUAGCCAAGGGAAAAUAAACCGUUUAGUGUUGACAUCUUCAAAACUCGUAGUCAUUGUUUCAGUUACGUCAGAUAAAUUGUCCUUCGUGCUACGACUAUGGACUCUAGCGAUGCAGGGCGAGGAGGCUGGAAGUCCAAGUCUGUCAGACCACAGAAAAACAAAAUGAGUAUGAACAUUCUUCGUCAAGAGGAGCUCAUAGCUCAGAAAAAGAGGGAGAUUGAGGCCAAGCUGGCAGAGCAAGCCAAAAAGAAUGUGCAAACUCCAAGCAAGCCCUUGCCUCAAAGCAUUUCUCCCAGUCCCCAAGGAACCUCAAACAAGUUUGCGAAUGAUGGGAGCUUCUUGCAACAGUUCAUGAAGAUGCAGAAGGACAAGUCAAACUCCGGUUCUGGUUCUGCCAGUGACGCCAAAACUCCUUCUCCUUCAACUCCAUCAUCAGGAGGAAACCCAUUGCAUAAAAAGAGCAUCCUUGUAGGCAAGAGGCCUGGCCUGGGAAUCAGUAGCAUGCUUAAUCAGUUCAAGAACUACUCCCAGUCUAAGAAGAACCCUGUCCUCAGCCAGAGGCCGAGUGUAUUUUGCUCUCCAGAUGGAGAAGACGAGGAAGAAGAGGCUGAUGAUGACUCCACAUACCUAGAGAUGAAAGUCUCUCCCCCAGAGGACUCAGACACCAGACUCAUUCUGGACAAGCUGGCCUCAUUUGUGGCAGAGGGGGGACCUGAGCUAGAGAGAAAGGCCAAGGAGGACUAUAAGGACAAUCCAGUUUUCUCAUUUUUGUAUGAUAAGAGCAGCAGAGAUUAUGCCUACUACAGAAAGAGAGUUGCAGAAUUCAGAAAGAAAUUGACAAAGCCUGAGAAUACGUCAGAUAAUGUCUCCCCCCCAGUGGACGAGGAAACCCAGCAGGUGGCUGAGAAGCUGGCCAAGUUUGUGGCGGAGGGUGGCCCCGAGGUGGAAGCCAUCGCUGCCGAGCGCAACCGAGACAACCCUGCAUUCAGUUUUUUAUACGACCACCAAAGUCCAGCCCACCGUUAUUACCAAGAGAAAGUGGAGGAAUAUCGUCAAGCCUCGGCUUCCAGGAGCUCCUCAUCUUCAGCAGCAGAGUCAGUGACUGAAGUCCAGCAACCAGCUGCACCUUCACUACCAGUGGGUCCUCCACCUCCGUCUUUCCAGUACCCCUGUCAAACCAAUCAGGUGAACUCCAUGCUAUCACCACACAGUCAGGAGGCAGCAGGCCCUCCCGUCAAACGGAAGCGAAAGAGUCGAUGGGGAUCCGAAGAUGACAAAGUGGAGCUGCCCAUUCCUCCCAUCAUCAUCCCUCAGGAGGUUGAUUAUACAGAUCCCAACACACCUUCUCUGUCUGCCCAGGAGCUGAGAGGUCUUGGUUAUAAGAAGGGGAAGCCUCUCGGUCUGGUAGGGGUGACAGAGCUAUCUGAGGAGCAGAAGAAACAGCUUAAAGAACAACAAGAGAUGCAAGAGAUGUAUGACAUGAUCAUGAAGCACAAGCGUGCAAUGGCAGAGAUGCAGGCGAUGUGGGAAAAGGCCAUGAAAGACCACCAACAUGAGUAUGACAGUGAUGAAGAAGUGGACCAGGAGGCCGGCACCUGGGAACAUCGCCUCCGACAGAUGGAAAUGGAGAAGACACGUGAGUGGGCAGAGUCUCUGACAGAAAUGGGGAAAGGGAAACACUUUAUCGGUGACUUCCUCCCCCCUGAGGAACUGGAGAAAUUCAUGGAAACCUUCAAGGCUCUCAAGGAGGGCCGUGACCCAGACUACUCAGAAUACAAGGAGUUCAAGUUGACAGUGGAGAAUCUCGGCUUCCGCAUGCUAAUGAAGAUGGGUUGGAAGGAAGGUGAUGGACUGGGCAGUGACGGACAGGGUAUCAAAGCUCCUGUCAACAGAGGAACCACAGCUGUGAACGGGGCCGGGUUUGGAGUCGACCGCCCAGCUGAGCUCACAGGAAAUGACGAUGAAUAUGAUGCUUUCAGAAAGAGGAUGAUGCUCGCUUACCGCUUCAGGCCCAAUCCACUGAAUAAUCCACGAAGACCAUAUUACUGAUAAGGCGGACUGUUAUUGCUCAUUGUUUUAUUUCAUAACAUAAAUGUUGGCUGCUGGUGGCACAGCUCUGCUUGGCUGUGAAAACUGAUACUAUUGGACACGGAUUUUUUGUUUUGUUUUUUGUUUAUUUUUGUUUUUUAUUUAGAGAGGGAGGGUUAUUGAUGAAGUUGAACAACAGAAAGAGAUUUGUUUAAUCCAUGUCAUUUUUUUUCUUUUAUUUGAUAUUGAAUUGACCUAAAUACACUAAUUUUACAUGAACAGUACAGCUGUUUGUCAUGAAUACACAAUUCAAUCCAACAACCUCAAACUUCCAAAGACCCUACAUCAACUGUUACGAUUACGUUUUGACUUCCCUUCUAGCGAUUUCACUGUUUGAGUUUCCAUUUUAUUGCCUGUCAAAACGUCCCCAGCCAAAUAACAACGCUGAUUCAUCUGUAAAUUGUCCUCAUUGUUUAUAACUCUCACCUUGAGUUGUUACAUUGUUGAUCAGGAUCCUAUAAUUACAGAAUGUUUGCUCCUCAUUAUAAGCUUCAAUGUAAACAAUAAAAAUGGCCACUUAAUGAAA